GGGUUUGUAGGGGGAAGAAAUUUGGCGUGACAGCUUGUUCAUGCGUCAUGCUGUCCGCCAUUUUGCGGCAGUCAUUCGUCAAGAUAUCAGCAAGCAUGCCUUAUCACUGCCCUGCUUAUUGUUGUAAAAAUCGACAAACUGCCGAAAACAAAUUGCGUGGGAUUACCUUUCACAGGUUUCCCACUGAUAUCAAAUCGAGGAAGCGGUGGGAAUUAGCCCUGCGAAGAGAGGCGUUCAUGGCCAGUUCGUCAACCAGACUCUGUAGUCAGCACUUCAGAAAGGAGGACUUCGACAGGACGGGUCAAACUGUUCGAAUUAGGGAUGGAGUUGUUCCAUCUGUCUUCAACUUUCCAACACAUCUACAAAGACCAGUAGCAACCAGGACAAGCUUGACAUCAAAAAAGGCAAACACAGCAACACCUCCAAGCCCGUCAGCUUAUUGUUCUCCUCCUGUGGCAGUGGCAGAACCUCAGAAUGACCUCAGUCUUGACCACUCUUAUGCACUGCCCACAUGUCCUGCUGCUAUGAAAGCCAGACUCGGCAAAGCUUUGGCCAAGGUAGAAAGUCUGGAAAGAGAGAAAAGAAAUGCUAAAGAUCGAGAACGGAGGGCAAAGAGCGCACUUUGUGGUCUUCUGGAGGAUCUGAGAGGGAACAACCUAAUAGAUAAAGAGCUCAAAAAGAAAGCUCGACUCAUACUCAGUUCACCUCCUGCCAAAACAGGACCAAGAAUUCACCAAGAAGGAGACGGAGUUUGCCCUCCCUCCACCGACAUGGCCUUAAAGCCUACUGUUACUCGCGAGAGUCUCUGCACUUAAAUCUCCCGCAUCAACAUACACUGCAAAGGUACUUGUCAUUGGGUGCAUAAUCAACAUAAUACUGUAGCAGCUUCAAAAUAUGUGAUUCAUCGCUUCGGCCAGGAUCGAUUCAACUUUAUCAGGGCAACUGGGGCCUGGAAUAACAACUCAUCGGCAGGCCAAUACCGCCUCCCCAUGGUCCUCUGUGGUGUCUCCUAACGUGGCGGCAGUGGAUGGCACUGUCCCGGUCUGCUGUUACGUUUUCUUCAGCUCCAGCCGGUUCACCAGCUUCCAAAAGAACCGGAAGACCUCUACCUCAAAGGUUAAACCGUCAGUCAGAACGAGGGCAAAACCUGUGUCCUCUCAACCGGUUUGUCCGUGCAGACAGGACAGAUGUCAUCACAUUGCAAAAAUGAUAUUGUAACACUAAAAUGACAAAAAUUUUUAUUCAAGGUAAAGGCUGUGUAAUUGGUCCUUUUCCAAGGUUUGAUUGUAUUUAUUUAUUUGUAAGAUAUAAUUACAUAAUCUGUUUGAUGGGCAGCUGUUAUACAUCUGUAAAUAUUAAAUUGUGUAUUUUAUUUUUGUUGGGGAAAAAAAAUAAAAAAAUGUAUUCCUUGUGCGCUGAUGUACUUGUUCAUUGUAUCAAAUGUAACUUAUUUAAGAAGUUUUUCUACAUUUUUGUAAUGACUUACAAAUAACUAAAGGAGACCGUAUGCCACUCUGUUUUGCCAUUUAAAAAAAAAAAAAAAAAAAGUUUUAAAUUUAGUUUUCAAUAUUUUGCGCACUGUCUUGUCGUAUUGAAAAAAUGUUGAAUGUUCACUGUGCUGAUUGGUUGCAGCGUGUUGAGGUGACAAAGAGGGGUACUUACCUACUACCAAAAACAAAUUCCUCAUGUUUAGUCAAUGUUACAACUUAAUACUAUUGAGGGUUGUAAAGUUUGCACAUCCUUGUGUGGUACUAUGUGGUUGCAGAACAAGCCUAAUUUAAUUAAAUACAUUUUGGUUUAUUAACUGGCUUUGAAAAAUACACUGGAAUGUUUAUUUUUAUUUCAACAAUAUGAUAGAAAAAAAACUAAAAAACAUUCAGAGCAGAAAUAAUAUGAACAUGAAGAUAAACAAAAUCAAUUUUUAAAAUGUGUAUGUAAAAAAUAUUUCCAUUAGAUGUCUAUAAAUGUUCUCAUUCAUCCAAGUCAUUGUCAUCUCAGGGCAUUCAAUGGAUCGCAACAGGACUGUAUGGUUUGUCUUAGAAGACGUUUCCUCUCUCAUCCGAGUAGGCUUCAUCAGUUCGUGUUCAUAGACUUAGAUUGGUCUAGGAGACUAGAUCUGACCAAUCUAAGUAUGUUUGUUUGUAUUUGUUUAUUUGAAGGACAAUGUGCAGUUACAUUAAAAAUAUGGCUGCAUCAGAUUUAGCAGCAUGCUAAUUUCCAUCUGUAGUCUUUUUAUGGCACAUUUCACACCCACAAUUAAAAUGACAGGAUUAAAAAUACAUAACAAAAUUUAAAUUACAUAAUGAAAAGCAAUGUCAAAUAAUUGUAAAUACAAGUGCAAUACAUAGAAAGUGCAAGUUACAAAUUAGUGGGCGGUCAAGUUACAGUAUUUUAGCAGCAUCCUUUGAAGUGCAGACGUAUAUAAAGUGCAACCGUUUUUAUCAAAGUCCACAUAACACGACACACAGUUAAGUUAAAGUACCAAUGAUUGUCACACACACUGGGUGUGGUGAAAUGUGUCCUCUGCAUUUGACCCAUCCCCUUGUUCACACCCUGGGAGGUGAGGGGAGCAGUGAGCACCAGCGGUGGCCGCGCCCGGGAAUCAUUUUGGUGAUUUAACCUCCAAUUCCAACCCUUGAUGCUGAGCGCCAAGCAGGGAGGCAAUGGGUCACAUUUUUAUAGUCUGAUAUGACUCGGCCGGGGUUUAAACUCACGACCUACCGAUCUCAGGGCGGCCACUCUAACCACCAGGCCACUGAUGGUACCCACAAGGGUGUUAUCCAAUAGCUAUAUACAGUGCCGGCCCAAGCCUCCAUGGGGCCCUAAGCAAAAUUUGAUUUUGGGGCCCUCUAUUUCUGCCAAUAAUAUUGAUUGUUGAUCAUUCACACACCUACUAUAAACUCAUUGCGGCUCUGGCAGUGUUGUUUACAUUAUCCUAUUGUCAGCCUGGCAUGUCUUUACAAAUGACAUGUCAUUUAUAAAGAUAUGGGGGUGGUCCAGUUAAGAACAUAAAUAAUACCAAUGAAUGAACGAAUGAUGUCCAGAGUGCCACAUAUGGUUCCUAAUCUUAAAAUGUAGAAAACAUUCAGCUACAAGAGUGGCCUGGGGUUGAACAGUCCAAGUGAUAAAGCUUUGUAUUUACAGUAAAAGUGUCAUCUUGUCUCAUCAGUCUUGUACAUAUUAGUCUUUAAUUACUAGUUUACAUUUUUAGUUAAUUGUUCAUAUUUAAUGUUUACUUUGUACAAAGAGAGCGCAGUCUACUGAAGUUAAAUUCAUCAAUAGUUUUCCCCUUUGAAAGACGCAAGGCAAAAUCCUUCCAUUUCACCAUGUUGCUACAAUGAUCUUCACUGUUUUCAUGCUGUUUCAGCAGUGCACCUAUGUUGACCCAAUCCCGCUGUCCCUCGGCUGCCAGUUUUAAGGACUUUUUGGAAAAUAAUUUGCAGCAAAAGCAAUAGACUGCAUCUUUACUUCUUGAAUAAGUCAGCCAGCUACGCUUGACUUUUUCCCCAUUGACUAGCUGUCUGUAGGUAUAAUGAUAAUGAAAACUUCGGCCAUCAUGCCGUUUGGGGAAUGAAAAGUUCUCCUUAAUAGACAGUGGUCCUCUGAUCACCUGCUCAGUCCUGUCUGAAUCUGAGAGGAAAGAUAU